GUCAGAAAUUCUAUUAAAAGUAGAGUUUGCCCCAGUAGAUAAAGAAGAAUGCUCAAGAUACUAUCCAAAAGGAGAUAGAAAGCACCGUAACGGUCUUAUGGAUCAUCAACUAUGUGCUGGCGACAAAACAAUGGACACCUGUCCGGGAGACUCCGGAGGACCACUGCAAGUGAAACUUGUGAAGGCCUUUAGAUUAAUCCCUUUCCUGGUUGGUGUGACAUCGUUCGGCAAAGCCUGUGGUUUAUACUUGCCGGGUGUGUACACAAAGGUGUCCAAAUUUGGAGCCUGGAUUAUAGAGACACUCCAGCGAUAUGGCGAGUCAGUCACACUUUUUGAUUUCCAUCCUAUGGUUUGUGCUGCGCGUUAUGAGGAUACUCGAGAAUUUUCUAACAAUUACUUUAAAUCAAUAUCAAUAAACAGCGAAUAUAACGUUGCAUUGGGGUAUCCAUAUGGUACUGCUCCAUUGAAAAGGAACUGCGCAGGAACACUUAUCGAACCCAACGUGGUGUUGACUACAGCUGAGUGUGUUUUACACAAAGAAGCGACACCAACUCAAGUUUUACUUGUGACCAGUAAUGUAAUAGACAUUGCCGAAAUCAUCGUUCAUCCAUUGUACAAUCCAUCAAAUUCGCUGUACUACAACAACAUUGCCGUAGUGAAGCUCAAAUCUUUUGCACCGAUCGAACCAUUUUGUGCGUGGUAUGGACACUCAAAUCCUGACCAAAAAUUGCUACUAACGGCACAAGAAGUAAUACCGAAAAAAGAUUCGAAAAAUAUUCAACAGUUUCGACUCAUGACGACAGUUUUCGAACGUUCGUCAAAGCAAUGCCCGCUGGCCCAACAAUAUAUCGAUUUGCUUCCACAGGGCUUGCAAGAUGAGCAUUUGUGCUAUGGAAAUCAGACAUUCAUUGUGCCUGGCUUGUGUAACGCAUUGCAAGGUAGCCCUAUCGAAAGAAACGAUGGCACUUACGUUUAUAUCGAAGGCAUCAGCUUGUUCGGCCGCGAUUGUGGCUAUGGAGAGCUGGCUGUAGGUGUAAGGCUCAGUGCACACAAAGCAUGGCUUGAGUCUGUAUUGCUCCCUCGCCCGGAAGAACAGCCUCUUGUGUACAUUGAUCCUGAUCGGAAGCUCUUAGACGACUGCAUGUAUACGGAUCGGACAAAAGGAACUUGCGUGGCAGAACAGGACUGUCCAGCCAUUCACGCUCGACUGCAAAAGAAACAACAGAUUUCAUUCUGCUCAAAUGGGACUGUUGUUUGUUGUCCUAAUAAAGCUAGUGAUCCUCGAAUGAUGGCAAUAGAAAACGAAUUCAACGAGUGUGAGGAACGCUAUCGUCGUUUGAGAACUGAUCGACAAAAUGGAAGUUCUCAUGCCGUUGAAAUAGGAUGGCAAAAUCAUCACAACACAACGUAUGGAUGUUACGGAUACCUCAUCAGUACUCGUGGUGUUGUUUCGUCGGCAUCAUGUUUGCUAGAAAAAGGUGAACUGCCAAACAUUGCACGAAUAGGAGGAAUCGAUUCAUUGGACAAUGCAAGUAUUAUCCGUAUUGAGAAAGUGGCCAUCCAUCCACACUAUAACCCGACAAAACAGCAGCACAAUAUAGCAAUUCUCAAACUGAAAUCAGUCGUCGAACCAACUGAAAGCGUUUUCCCUGCGUGUCUUUGGCAGAGCCUUACUCAUUCGCCAGUCGAGCAAAAGGUGUUAGAUUUUGCUUCUGCAUUAAGGGCUUCCAUUCAUCCGAUGUACAAAAGCGAUUGUGAGGCUCUUUUAAAUCGUUCUUUCGAUCAGUUUGAACAUAUCUGCAUGAACCCUGGUUAUCGGCCAUACUCAUUUACGACAGAUUUUCAAAUUCGAUACAAGAAUAAAAUUAACGUUCCCGAUCACUGCUACAGUGCAGGAAGUCCCAUCGUGUGGAGAAAACCCAUCGACAAUGGUUUGCAUGUGGAGUAUCUGGUGCACAUCUACAGCCAUGGAGAAUGCGGUCCCGAAACACCUCGCGUAGUGAACCGUGUUGCGGCGUAUAUCGAGUGGUUCAAGGAAGUGUUGCAGUGACGAUAAUUUGAUGUAAUGGUUUCUGUGUAUGUGUUUCAUGAAUAAAGCCGCUUUAGAAGCGAUAUUUGUACGCAAA